CCAGGUAAGGGAAAGAGCAAGUGCAUUUCAAGUCGUAGCUCACCCCUUAAUCAGCUGUAAUACCCGCCAACAGGCGGCCCCACCUCAAUGCUCAAUGAGCCAGGCUCCCUUCCAGAAAAAAAAAAAAAAAAAAAAAAAAAAGCACUAAUAAUGAGGGGGCGGGGCAUGGAGCUUUAUCCAAUCAGGGGCGCUGGAAUGGAAACCGUCCAAUCAGGAGUGAAGCCGGAGAGCAGAGGCGGCUUCCGGGAUUUGGCGGGGGCCUUUGUCGGCUCCAGUUAGAGCUCGGGUCUCCUAACCACAGCCCCGAGUCUUUCGUUCUGGGAGGCCCAGGCGGCUUCGCGUUCUGAGAAUAAACAGAGCCUCUGUUGCUUUGUGACCUGCAGGCACUGGGAGAUCCGUAGCUAAGACGCCAGGCAUCCCGGAAGCUGGGAAAUGGGACUGUUGACAUUCAGGGAUGUGGCCGUAGAAUUCUCUUUGGAGGAGUGGGAACACCUGGAACCAGCUCAGAAGAAUUUGUAUCAGGAUGUGAUGUUAGAAAACUACAGAAACCUGGUCUCUCUGGGUCUUGUUGUCUCUAAGCCGGACCUGAUCACCUUUUUGGAGCAAAGGAAAGAGCCUUGGAAUGUGAAGAGUGAGGAGACAGUAGCCAUCCAGCCAGAUGUGUUUUUGCAUUAUAACAAGGACCUGUUGACAGAGCACUGCACAGAAGCUUCAUUCCAAAAAGUGAUAUCGAGGAGACAUGGGAGCUGUGAUCUUGAGAAUUUACAUUUAAGAAAAAGGUGGAAAAGGGAGGAGUGUGAAGGGCACAAUGGAUGUUAUGAUGAAAAGACUUUUAAAUAUGAUCAAUUUGAUGAGUCCUCUGUUGAAAGUUUGUUUCACCAGCAAAUACUUUCUUCUUGUGCCGAAAGCUAUAACUUUGAUCAAUAUAGGAAGGUCUUUACUCAUUCAUCAUUGCUUAAUCAACAAGAGGAAAUAGAUAUUUGGGGAAAACAUCACAUAUAUGAUAAAACUUCAGUGUUAUUUAGGCAGGUCUCUACUCUAAAUAGUUACCGAGAUGUUUUUAUUGGAGAGAAAAAUUAUCAUUGCAAUAAUUCUGAAAAAACCUUGAACCAAAGCUCAAGCCCUAAAAAUCAUCGGGAAAAUUAUUUUCUAGAAAAACAAUACAAAUGUAAAGAAUUUGAGAAAGUCUUUCUUCAGAGUAUGCAUGGGCAAGAGAAACAAGAACAGUCUUACAAAUGUAAUAAGUGUGUAGAAGUUUGUACCCAGUCAUUGAAACAUAUUCAACAUCAGACCAUCCAUAUCAGAGACAACUCAUAUAGAUAUAACAAAUAUGAUAAAGACCUUAGUCAGUCAUCAAAUCUUAGAAAGCAGAUAAUCCAUAAUGAAGAGAAACCAUACAAAUGUGAAAAAUGUGGGGAUAGCUUUAACCAUAGUUUGCACCUUACUCAACAUCAGAUCAUUCCUACUGAAGACAAACCUUAUAAAUGGAAAGAAUGUGGCAAAGUCUUUAACCUUAACUGUAGUUUAUACCUUACUAAACAGCAGCAAAUUGAUACUGGAGAAAACCUUUACAAAUGUAAAGCAUGUAGCAAAUCUUUUACUCGUUCCUCCAAUCUUAUUGUGCAUCAGAGAAUUCACACUGGAGAGAAACCAUACAAAUGUAAAGAAUGUGGCAAAGCCUUUCGCUGUAGUUCAUACCUUACUAAACAUAAGCGAAUUCAUACUGGAGAGAAACCUUAUAGAUGUAAAGAAUGUGGAAAAGCUUUUAACCGUAGUUCAUGCCUUACUCAACAUCAGACAACUCAUACGGGAGAAAAACUUUACAAAUGUAAAGUAUGUAGCAAAUCUUAUGCUCGUUCUUCAAAUCUUAUUAUGCAUCAGAGAGUUCAUACUGGAGAGAAGCCUUAUAAAUGUAAAGAAUGUGGCAAAGUCUUUAGCCGUAGUUCUUGCCUUACUCAACAUCGGAAAAUUCAUACUGGAGAAAAUCUUUACAAAUGUAAAGUAUGUGCCAAACCUUUUACUUGUUUCUCAAAUCUUAUUGUGCAUGAGAGAAUUCAUACUGGAGAGAAACCCUAUAAAUGUAAAGAAUGUGGCAAAGCCUUUCCUUAUAGUUCACACCUUAUUCGACAUAAUCGAAUUCAUACUGGAGAAAAACCAUACAAAUGUAAAGCAUGUAGCAAAUCUUUUAGUGACUCCUCAGGUCUUACUGUGCAUCGGCGAACUCAUACUGGAGAGAAACCCUAUACAUGUAAAGAAUGUGGCAAAGCCUUUAGUUAUAGUUCAGAUGUUAUUCAGCAUCGGAGAAUUCAUACUGGCCAGAGACCCUACAAAUGUGAAGAAUGUGGCAAAGCCUUCAACUAUAGGUCAUACCUCACUACACAUCAGAGAAGUCAUACUGGAGAAAGACCCUACAAAUGUGAAGAAUGUGGCAAAGCCUUCAACUCUAGGUCAUACCUCACUACACAUCGGAGAAGUCAUACUGGAGAGAGACCCUACAAAUGUGAUGAAUGUGGUAAAGCCUUUAGCUAUAGGUCAUACCUCACUACACAUCGGAGAAGUCAUAGUGGAGAGAGACCCUACAAAUGUGAAGAAUGUGGCAAAGCCUUUAACUCUAGGUCAUACCUCAUUACACAUCAGAGAAGUCAUACUAGAGAAAAACUUUAAAAAUGUAAAACAUAGAGCAGAUUUUUUACUUGUUACCCAUGUCUUAUUGUGCAUCAGAUAAUUUAUAUGGGAGUGAAACCCUACAAAUGUUAAGAAUGUGGCAUAACCUUUAACUAUUUUUCAAGCCUUACACAACGGCAGAGAAUAUAAACUGAAAAAAUCCAUACAAAUAUUAAAAAUGUGUCAAAUUAUUUUAAACUGUGCUCAACCCUUACUCAAGAUAAUCCAUACUAGAGAAACACUAUAGAUGUAAAACUGUGAAAAGUUUUAUUCAAAAUAUCAAACUUAUGAGUCACCUAAGGGUUCAUAGAAAAAGAAAGUUUGCAGAUGCAAUAAAUGUGAGGAAGUAUUUAAUAAAAAAUGAAGUCUAAAUGUGUCAGAAUUUAUGUGAGAAAGGACUAAAGCACAGACACUUUCAGCCUUUAUACUAAAUAAGAGUAUUUUUUAUACAGAAUAAUCCAAAGGCAAAAUAAUUAGAUAAUUUAUUUGCUUAUAUGUUUUAAAGUAGCAAGAACAUUGAUGUUUUGACAGGUAUAUUUCAUAGAUACUUCAUUUGUAUUUACAGUAUUUGAGGUUUUUGGAAAGCAAAUAUUAUUUGUAUAAUUCAGCUUUCAAAUCUGUUGUUGCUUUUCCUUAAUCCAUGGCACUCAUGUGAAAAUAUGUGUUCUGUUUUUUUUUUUUCGCAUCAGAACAAUGUGAGGUCCUUCUAUGUUAAUAUCAUUAAUAUCAACAUUUUUCAUGGAAGUUUAAUGCCAAAUGUAAAACACAUGAAGAAAAAAUUUUAAAAUAUGCUCUUUGUGUUUGAAUAAAGUAGUAAUGCAUGUAAACAUG